GGCAACAUUUACAUGCUGAAUCCGAAAGUACAGAAAGACAAGCGGCGCGAGCUAUCAUUCACAAUUUAAAGUGACGCUUUAGGAGAGAUAAUGACCUCGUUUUUACACCGUUACCCAUGCGGAGACCUGGCGAGACUCACGGCCAAGUACUGUGAGGAUCAGAGAAAGGCAGAGCGCCAGUCUUACAGCCGAGAAAGACAGACAAGCGUUCUGGAUCACCCUGUCAACACCCGAUUAACUCCGGACACGCUUCAAGGUACUUUUACAGUGCGUUAUGGUAGAAACGAGUGUCCGGAACGAAGUUUAAAUGUAGCUUACGCGUGCUGCACGGGAGCCGUGGACACUAACAUCAUCGAGGGCUGCUACGACAACUUUGGAGAAAUACGUGACUUCAGACCGAACGACAAAACAGCGCAUGCGCACAAGGUCUGCGUCUCCCAAAGUCUCUCUGAGUGUCGGGAGGGUUACGACAUUGCUCCAUCUAACACGUACAGUUGGAUGAAAAUCAAAAGGAAUAUCCCCCAAAGCAGCAGCAGAUACGCGCAUGGACCCAGCGACACUGCUGCGACCUCCCGCACAAUGUUUACCACCAAACAACGCACUGAACUUGAGAAGGAGUUUCACUUCAACAAGUACCUCAGCAGGUCUAGAAGAAGUGAAAUAGCACAGGAUUUACAUCUCAGGGAGGAUCAGGUCAGGAUCUGGUUCCAGAACAGGCGGAUGAAGCAGAAGAAGAGAGAGAGUUUGACCACAUGCAUGCUCGGCUUCCCCAUCACAUUGUCCAGAUAAACGUGCCUAUGACCAAAUCCAGUGUGAUUUCUUAACCCCAUGUUUAUUAACAUGUAUGUGCCUUAUUUAUACGGUCCCAUUAUUUAUUAUGCACUAAUAUUUAUUGCGUUAAGUAACAGUAUUAAGUACUGUGCUAUGAUGCAACUGUGCCUUUAAUCUUAAAUAUUUAAAUAGUCAGAGAGGUUUGAUAGAUGUUUGCUGAAGCUUUAAUCUUGAUAAGUGUUGGGUAGAAGAGCUUAUAAAGUGAAUUGUACGCCAUCAUACCUUAAUUGAUUGACUAAACUAACUGCUUGUAAGAUGAGCAAAUUAUUUUCACCAAAGAGUUCAUAAGGGAAAAGUGUUCUCUGUCUGACCUGAAAUCAGAUCACUUUGACCUCAUGAGAAUUACAUUUUCCUCAAGGUACUCAGCCUCCUAAAAGAUCACCCCUGUUCUUGUCUUUAAGUCAUGACUGAUCACAAAAAAAGAUUGUCUGCAAAAGUUAAUGCGCUGUGUAUUGAACUUGAACUGAAAUAAAAUGUUAUAAAUGUAACCAAACUGUUUCUGGGCAGAAUAGUAUAACCAGGUUAACCACAAAAAGUUCCAACGUGCCAAGUUUUCUCAAUCACAUCAUGACAUGACUAGGCGGACGGUGUUAACAAUAAUUGUCAGAGCAAAAUGCUCAACAUGUAAAAUGAUCUUUGUUAUAACAGACCUCAGAUGGAAAUAUU